AUGUCCCCGCUCGUUGUCUGUCUGUCCAGGCUCCCAGAAAGCCAGCUCUCAUCACGCACCCACUCUUUGAAGGCUUCCAGGACAGUUGCUCCUCGUCCUGUGCUUCUGCGGUAUGAUAUAGUGAGAAACGCACACAGCGGUGGCACGACGUCGUCCACCCUUGCGGGCAACCGCCGGCAGUGGUGGCACGGGGGCUGUGAGUCUGUGGCACUGACACGGCACGCGUGCGCCCUGCACGUUGGCGGCGCGGCCCUUCUCGAUCACGAGAGAGUGGUGCUUCUUCUUGCUGCCGGGGCCUAG